AUGCCCUCGCCGUCCAAGCAGAGGAAAAUUGCCAUUGUUGGCAGCCGCUCCGUCGGCAAAUCCUCUCUUGCAGUUCGUUAUGUCGACGGCCACUUCAUCGAGAGCUACUACCCGACGAUCGAGAACACGUUCAGCAAAGAGAUCAAGUACAAGGGCCAGGAGUUUGCGACCGAAAUCGUCGACACGGCUGGCCAGGACGAAUACAGCAUUCUGAACUCGAAGCAUUUCAUCGGCAUCCAUGGCUACAUGCUCGUCUACUCCGUCGCUUCCAUGCAGUCCUACGAGAUGAUCCAGGUGAUCCGUGACAAGAUCCUCAACCACCUCGGCGUCGACUGGGUUCCGCUAGUCAUUGUCGGCAACAAGAGCGACCUGCGUCCCGAGCAGCGCCAGGUUUCUCUCGAUGACGGCCGCCGCCUGGCCGAGAAAUUUGACUGUGCCUGGACUGAGGCCAGUGCCCGCUUCGACACCAACGUGGCCCGCGCCUUUGAGCUGCUAAUCGGCCAGAUCGAGAAGUCGCAGAACCCCAACGAGCCACAGGACGGCGGAAAGUGCACCGUGAUGUAG